CAGACGUCAAUGGUGGUGCGUAGAAUCAAAACAUUGCUGAAAUCUCCCAACUUAGAUAGAAAAUAUAGCUGUUGUUCAGUGUUUCAGUGUUAAAUAAAAUGGGCUUUGAUAAUACGACAGAUAAACUGAUUACGCUGAAGAAUCGGAAAAAUUCAAUACAAAUCAUCGCGAACAAAGAUAUUGACAAUGAUAAAAGUAACAACUGUGAAAAAGCUCUGAACUACUUAUUAUCCUCUAGUAUUAAGUUAGAGGCAAGCUUAGAUAUAAACAAUAUAACUAUACUGGAGCUUUCCCAUUGCUGUCUAACCGAAGUGCCACAAUAUUUGAAACAACUUAAACUGAAACAUUUAGGUCUAGCUCACAACAAGCUUCAACAGGUACCUCUAUGCCUGUAUAGUGGCCUGAAGUACUUAGAAUCCUUGGAUUUGAGCCACAAUUCGAUCUCAGAGUUUGGUAUGGAACCAGAUUGCGUCUUUUCUUUGAAAUUAUUGAAGUUGAACCAUAACUCAUUUAAGGACUUACCAAAGUGGCUCCUCAACUUCAAGAGUAUCAACUUAGAAGAUUUCAAUUAUAGCUGUAAUAAAGCUAGUCAUUAUAAUUUCAAGAAGAAUAGUUUUAACCUCAAUGUUACCAAAGUAAAGAGGGUGAAGUUAAGAAAUACUGACAUGAUUGACAGCGAUUUUGCCUUCUUGAGAUGCUUCAAGCAACUUGAACACUUAGAUAUAAGCAACAAAUAUUAUAAAUAUUCGAAUAGGUUCAAAGAUAUCGAUGAUUUAUUCGUCAAGCAAGUUUGGAAACAACUAACCGUGCUAAAAUUGAAUGACUUGUCGAUCUCGUUUUUUCCUGAGGGUAUAUUGUGGUUGGAAAGUUUAAAAGAAUUGAGCAUUCAAAAAAAUGUAAUUUCUUGGUUUCCCGAUGGAAUACAGUAUAUGGUGAACUUAGAGGUUUUGGAUAUUUCAAAUAAUACCCUAGUUGCUAUUCCCAAAGAAAUACUUGAGCUGCAAAGCUUGAAAGUACUUAAAGCUGCACGAAAUUCUAUCGAUCAAGUUCCAGACUUGUUCAGUAUGAAAAAUCUUUCAACGCUAGACCUCUACGAUAAUUUAUUAGAUACAUUGAAGUAUAAUCUCCAAACAGUCGAAUAUGUUGAUCUAGAAUUCAACUACCUAGAUACGGUAGAAUUUGGAGACUCUUACUCUGAAAAGAAGAUCAGCUAUAGAGAAAAAUAUCGCUACAGUAGGAUGGAUGGUGUCCAAAUGCGAUGCGAACAUUGGUCAAGAUCGAGUUUUACCUCAGAAGAGUCUGGGAGUGAACUGAGAAUUGUAGCCAGUGAAGAUAUAGAUCUUGAAGAUUGGGAUGCCCCUUCGGAAGUGAGACAAACCAGCCCUGAUAUUGAUAGCGCUGAUGAAGAUUGGCAAGGAGAUGAAAUAUGUCCUGUGAAAACGAUUGUGCAGACUGAGAGAGUUUAUGUGCCGGAUGAAGACUGGAUGUUUGAAGAUGCUGACUGGUAGCGCGUCCCUUUUUUUUAUUCUUUACCGGUGCGGCGUUGUUAUUUUAAACGUUGUGUCGGUCACACAGUGGUAUAUCUAUGCGAAAUCCUGGUAAAAGUUGAAAAAAGAACAUGAAUUAAAAUCAUUAUCUAUUUUAAAGUUUAAUACCUUAAACAAUAAGUUAGCCAUGAAAUCAGAGCUUUGCUUACUCUACCUCUACCAUGGUAGAGUAUUAGACUUAAAGUUUGUGAUGUGUUAUUUGACACUAAUUUUUAACGAAAAAAUUAGAGAGCUUCUGUAUAAUCCGUUGUGUUGUGUGUUAAAAGUAUUUGCGCAUCUGAAUACGGAUCAUAAUAGAGAGAGUACGAACUUUUAUUUGAUAUAACAGAAAUCUGUCAUUAUCAUUGUUUUCAUGUACACCGUGAAUUGAACGAAUCUUUAACUUCAUUUCUUUAUGCUAGCAUUGUUCAAAGUGAUUGCUGAUUUGGUCUUAGCGACCGCGAAAACCUAUAUAAUACGCGUCUGGACCCGUAUGCCGGACUUGUUUUGAAAUUGCCAUUGAAUUGACCUUGAAAUGACUUACAUAUGCCCCCAUAGUGACUAAUUGACUUCGAAUUUGAAAUGUGAGAACCGAAUAACCUAAAUGAUUUACGGUUAGACUCAGCUGCUCGACUUCUUUUCACAUUGUCUUCGAUAUGACCUUGAAAUGUCCUUUGAAUGACCUCAUAGAGACAAACUAACCACCGACACAAAAAACCCUAUGCUACUGAUAUUUGUAUAAAUGCCGCAGACAUUUUUUUGCCAGCUUUUUGACGUUCUAGACCACUGUGCGUCAUAACUGUUGAAUAGCGAUUUUAUGCUGUUUUCUUUAAGUGAAAUCUAAUAUCUGGGUAUUAGUUCGGGAUCCUAUGGACCUCGACGUUUGAAUUAUCUGUUUUCAAGAUCUCGGAUUUUGAUCGUUGAAUGUAUGCCACAAAAGAACUUUGGACCAACAUCUAUAGUUUAAGCGUGUCACUUUAUUUUUCGUGAUACGCUUGAUCCCAGCCUAUUUGGAAGAAUUGUUCUAAAGUUAAUCAAACGCCGAGAACACUAAAAAAUCAAAAUGAAGGUUCAAAAUCUUUUUGCGGUAUCACGCAGAUAGGGUGAAAGAAUUAUCGAAGUACUAGAGUACCGUUUAAAUUGUACCUGACUUGUGAAUAUUGUACAAGGAACGUGACAUUUUAUUUUCAGAUAUAUUUUCUCAUUAUUCAUCAGCACCACUGGAUACUUGGAAAAGUAACAUUAUUUUUCGAUUGUGUAUUUAAUGUCUGAUCAUCUUAUUGAGAUUUUUAAUUAUUUAUUGUAGUGAUUGCCAUUAUUGUUUUAUUUUGGGUUUCAUCUUGCA